AUGGCAAAAGUCGUUGAAAUUGCUCCAACUAGUAUCUGUUGUCCAGUUAUACCUGACGUUAAAAAAUAUGUUCAAGAAAAAGGUGGAAUAGAACAAGCAAUACGAUCAAUUGAAGAUACUUACAAAAAUCUUAAAUUUUUCCUUGAUUUUGUUUCACAAAGAAAAACAACUUUAAUAGAGAAAGUUGAUGAAACAAAAUCAACUUUAAAAUAUGUUAUUUUACUUGAAGAAAAGACUAAUGACCAAGUUAAAACAAAAUUCGAAAUUUCUAAUGGAUUGUAUUUACCAGUUACUAUUAAUAAACCAAAAACUGUCAAUUUAUGGAUUGGAGCAAAUGUUAUGAUGGAAUAUUCAUUUGAUGAAGCAAAGAAAAUGCUUAAUGAAAAUAUUACAACAACACAAGGUCAUAUUGAAAAGUUAGAAAAUGAUAGAAAACAUCUUACUACAGAAAUUUCAAAGAUGGAAGACUUGAUUAAACAAAUUGUUGAUGCAAGUAUUGCUCUUCAAAAGAAAUAA